UUUGGAACGUUCCUUCCGGUGAGCAUCCGGAUCGAUGGCAGAUUCCAAGUCGGGAUACAUCACUCAACGACGCAAGCAAACGUAUGCAGGUACGUAUGUAGAUACACACUUGGAAAGGAAUCUCGUGUUGCCAGAAAAGCGAUACAAUCGACAAGUCGCAGCACGCCACCACAAGGACUCGACACCCGUUAUCGGUCUAUGAACGGAGAAGUCUUACCAUCUCCCUCUUACCAUCUUUCUAUCGCCUGGCUCUCGACGGGGGAAAGGGAAGGAAGAAGUGGCGGGGCGAGCAGAACGCAUCGCAUUCAAGUCGCACGCGCGUGGAACACUCCGACCGGUUGAUUGUGGCCUGCGGUCGGCUUCAGUGGAUUCGAGAAUCGUACGAGAUGUGGUCGUAUCGUUCUGGUUGUUGAUCAUUUCUCGGCUCGCGCACGUCAUCGUCGCCGUCGUCGUCGUAUCAACGUCUCGUCGUCGUAAUGUGCUUAUGACGGAGUGAUGAAUGGCCGACGUCGCUGCAGUGUCAUGAGCAGAGUAGUGACAGUGUACGUCGUAUCCCCAAUGGACGAUGACGACUAACGUAGCAGCAGCAGCAGCAGCAGGACGAGUAGUAUCGCGCGAUGGUCAUUGAUUGCAGACGCGCAACCGAAAACAGUGUGCUUUGUGUGAUUAGUGCGUUUCUUUGUACACAUAUAUAACAAAUACAUCGUCGAGCAUUCUUGGAUUACAUGUCGUGGAAAGGAAUUCCUUGUUUCGAGGCAAGGAUAAUGUGAGAUCGCAGUUGCCUCAUGGGAUAAUUCCGGGAUAGAUGGCUACACGGGAGAGACGACCAAUCGCUCUAAUUUCACUACUGGCCGCACAGCUAUGUUAUCAUUCAAUCUGUGAUGCCGAAUAAAUACAUACCUAAGCGAGUAGUAUCGGUGAAAGUACGUCAAUAAAUGCAGCGCAUAUGCAUCUAUUUCAUGACGACCGGUCGUAGAACAUUUUUUCUCUGAAUGGUGGCAAGAAUCAUAACAGUCAUUAAUAGCGGUGGUUGGCAUUGGUAUUGAUUUCAUAAAUCAAGCAAUUAUAAUCCAACUAUCAUAACAUAGUGCCAUCCCAAAACAAAAGGGGUGAUUCGCCACUUCUCGUGUUGCGGCGAUGGUGGCAGCUGCCUCCUCUACGGCCACCGCCACUGCCAGUGUGGUGGCCAUGCAGGACCGUCAGGAUAUCCCCGCACAAUUCAAUCAGAUGCAGAAUCAACAUGGAAUAUCUCAUCAAUCAUACAGCGCGGGAUAUGGCCAAAGAGGACCAAUGGCAGGAAUGAGUCCAGUCGGGAUGAAUAAUUUUAACAACAUGAGUACAAUGAGCCCCAUGCACAGCAUGAGUUCCAUGAAUUCGAUGAACAGUAUGAAUGGGAUGAAUUCGAUAAAUCCUAUGACAAUUGGAGGUAUGAAUGGCAUGAAUGUCAUGAACGGAAUGACAUCUAUAAAUUCCAUGAAUAACAUGAACAACAUGGCCAUGAACAAUAUGAUGGGAUCUAACAAUAUGCAGAUGAACAAGAUGCAGGCUCAAUCGCAUCAAGGCUAUCCACGGAGACUAGCGCCUUAUCCAAAUCCGCCAAUGCAUUUGGCACAGAAACGACAACAAUUGUCGUACCCCAAUCAAAAUCUAGCGGCCAUGCAGCAAAGUUUCAACGGCAUGACGACACAGUAUCCGACCAAUUAUCCCGGCGGUGCAAGACCAAAUUUUCAACAGCAAUAUCCACCAGUGCAUAACAUGAAUUCUACGUCGAGUGGUUUCGGACCCAACGUGAUGAUACGAGGAACAAAUAUAAGACAAACAACGCCGGCUUACAGCACUGUAUCUCAAGCGGUCACAAAUCAGUAUGGUUACAGUAGUAACGGAGUGUCCGUUAUGCCCAUAAUCCCAUCCACGUCAGUCAGCAGUCAGCAGUUCAUCAGUCAUCAGCCCAACGCAGUAUAUGGCAGCGGUAAUACGUCAUAUGGUGCACCUGCCGUGGCGACUAGUCAAUAUCAGCAAGAUGUGGCAUCGAUGAGAUCCACAAGCAGCGGCAAUGUGAAUUACCAACAUAGUCCCAUCCCCGGUAAUCCAACGCCUCCAUUAACGCCCGCUACCAGUAUGCCGCCUUAUAUCAGCCCAAAUCCAGACAUCAAGUCUAAUUUCAAUGAAAUGAAGUCACCUGUCAAUAUUCAAAAUGAUGAAUUGCGGUUAACAUUCCCUGUGAAAGAUGGCACUAUACUUCCUCCCUUUCGUUUAGAACACAAUUUGGCUGUUAGCAAUCAUGUGUUUCAACUUAAGCCCACGGUGCAUCAAACGCUAAUGUGGCGAUCAGAUUUGGAGCUGCAACUUAAGUGUUUCCACCAUGAGGAUAGACAACUGAAUACAAAUUGGCCGAUGAGUGUGCAAGUUUCAGUAAACGCUACUCCUCUCAUAAUUGAUCGCGGCGAAAACAAAACUUCCCAUAAACCUCUCUACUUGAAAGAUGUCUGUCAAGCAGGAAGGAAUACAAUACAAAUUACUGUGGCGGCAUGCUGUUGUUCGCACUUAUUUAUACUACAACUGGUACAUCGACCAAGUCUACGUAGUGUACUUCAUGGAUUAUUACGUAAAAGACUGCUUGGAGCGGAGCAUUGUAUAACGAAAAUUAAAAGAAAUUUCAACAACACGUUGUCGAAUAAUGGUAUACAGUCGGAGAAGGAUGUAGUGGAACAAACAGCACUAAAGGUAUCCUUGAAAUGUCCUAUUACCUUUAAACGCAUCACACUGCCAGCUAGAGGACACGAUUGUAAACAUAUACAGUGCUUCGAUUUGGAAUCAUAUUUGCAAUUAAAUUGUGAACGGGGCAAUUGGAGAUGUCCGGUGUGUACAAAACCUGCGCAGUUGGAAGGUUUAGAGGUCGAUCAGUAUAUGUGGGGUAUUCUGAGUACGUUGAACAAUGCAGAACAUGUCGAAGAAGUAACGAUAGAUUCGGUUGCCAACUGGAAACCUGCGAAGAACUUUUCCGGGAUAAAGCCCGAGGAAGAAAACGAUUGCAAGAGAAUAACUAAAGCCAUGUCACCAGGUAGUAUGAACAUGCCGACAAUGAACAAUUGGGACAUAAAUCAGGCGAUGAGUCCAUAUAUACCACCAGACAUGAACAGCAUCGUGAGCGGCUCGAUGAUGAACAGCGCUUCUUCCACAUACGCGAAUAAUAGCAUAAACCAUCGGAACACGUCGGGCGGCACAUAUGAAGUAAAUACUGGCGCCAACACUAUUAGCAAUAAUGAUUACGCCAGCGCAACGGGUCCGCUUUCGCACUUAAAUGAAUCCGUUAACUCUUUAGAUCCUCUUAAUGCUAUGGAGAAGUCACUCAAUGAUCAGAUGCCUCAUACUCCGCAUACACCACAUACUCCGCAAUCGACUCCUCAUACACCGGGCGGAGGAGCAACUGGGCCGCCGAGUGUUCCGCCUGCAUCACAAGAAUCUACAGGGAAUCACAAUACCUCUAGCAACACGAGUACAGGUAUAAAUAAUGACGGCACGGCGGAUUUAUCAUCGGAUUUAAAUUUUGAUCCUACUGCGGUCAUGGAAGGAGAAAGUGCCGGACAAGAAGCAUUAAAUCUUUUGCCGGAUAAUGUGGAUGCGAUGGAACUCCUCUCAUAUCUCGAGCCACCGGAUCUCAACACUCCUCCCAGUAGUGGUGCUAGCAGCGACAACCCUUCUUCCAGCGAUGAUAUUUUAGCACUCUUCGAAUAA